AUGGAUAUCGGAGGUCUGACCACAGUGGUCGCAAAUUCUGCUUACAUCAAUGCCCGUGGAAGCAUCGAUGGCUCCAACCCUGCAGCAGCUCGGGAGAAGAAGUACCACUCCCGCCUCAAACUGCCCCACAUCACCGUGUGCGAGGACCUGAGGGAUACCCUGGAUUUGGCCUUUGACUCGGCCUGUGUGGAACAACCCAUCGGCAAACGCCUCUUUAGGGAGUUCUUGGAUGCAAAUCAAGAGUAUCACGGUGCUUGUCGUUUGUGGAAAGACAUCGAGGGCUAUGACCUGGCCGAGGAUUCUGACAGGGCGAAGAAGGCCUCAAAGAUUGUCCAGCGUUACAUGGACUCCUCUGCCAAACACUACUGCCCCUUCCUGUCUGAGGACAUCAUAGCAAAGGUGAAGGAGGACCAGGGGUCUGUAGGGGAUGAUUUGUUUGAAGCAGUGUUUACCAGGACGCUGGACUACCUGCGGGAGGCCCCUUACACUUUCUUCCUGGAGAGCCUGUACCUGAAGAGGUUCUUGCAGUGGAAGUGGCUGGAGAUGCAGCCCAUGGACGCAGACUGGUUCCUGGACUUCCGCGUUCUGGGGAAAGGAGGGUUUGGGGAGGUGUCGGCCUGUCAGAUGAAGGCCACGGGGAAACUUUAUGCCUGUAAGAAACUCAACAAGAAGAGGCUGAAGAAGAGGAAAGGCUUUGAGGGUGCGAUGGUGGAGAAGAGGAUUCUUGAGAAGGUCCACAGUCCCUUCAUUGUGUCAUUGGCGUACGCCUUCCAGACAAAGGAGGAGCUUUGUCUGGUCAUGACCAUCAUGAAUGGAGGAGACCUCAAGUAUCACAUCUACCUGGUGGAUGAGAACAACCCGGGCUUUGACGAGCCCAGAGCCUGUUUCUACACAGCUCAGAUCAUCCAGGGUAUGGAGCACCUGCACCAGAAGAGAAUCAUCUACAGGGAUCUGAAACCAGAAAACGUGCUGCUCGAUAAUGAUGGGAACGUGCGUAUCUCUGACCUGGGUCUCGCUGUGGAGCUAAAAGAAGGAAAAACAUUGACCAAAGGUUACGCUGGGACACCAGGGUACAUGUCUCCAGAGAUGCUGAAAGGAGAAAAGUAUGACACCUCGGUGGACUACUACACUCUGGGGGUGACGUUGUUUGAGUUCAUGGCGGCCAAGAACCCGUUCAGGGACAGGGGGGAGAAACUCGACCGUGAGGAGAUGAAGGAGCGUGUGCUGACGCGGGUGGUGGACUAUCCGGAGAAUUUCAGUGCGAAUGUGAAGUCGCUGUGUGAAGGGCUGCUGGCCAAACAGGUGGACGAGCGGAUGGGUUUUAAGAACGGAAGCUGUGACGAGAUCAGAGCUCACCCAUUUUUUCAGGACAUCAACUGGAGGAAACUGAACGCAGGUAUCCUCUCUCCUCCUUUUGUCCCUGACCCUAAAGUGGUGUACGCUAAAAGCCUGGACGACGUCGGAGCGUUCUCCUCGGUGAAGGGAGUGGCCUUGGAUGAUCCCGAUAAAACCUUUUUCGAUGAGUUUUCCUCUGGUAACAUCGCCAUCCCGUGGCAGGAGGAGAUGAUCGACAUGGGUAUUUAUGGAGAACUCAACCUCUGGGGCCCUGAAGGCAGCGUCCCAAACGACCUCCGCAGGGAGUCCAUACUCGAGCAGCCAAAGUCUUCCACCUGCUGCGUAUCGUAG